AUGGCGUACUUCACUUAUUAUCACUCUGCGUCGCAACAGGAGACGGUGGAACUGAGAGGGUCUUUGGAGAAGGACACCUUUCCGAUUAGAAUCCAACUCUGCAGGUGUCGCCAAACCAAUCCGAAUAUGAUUGAAUCCAUUGAAAAUGUCGCCCGAGGAGAUCUCUGGGUAAAGUUUUCUAAUUUCAAGAAGCAGUUAUCCGACAACUACGACAGAAACAGGAGCUUUGAAACCUUCAUCACUAACAAGCUCUCGCAAUUGGGUGUGCCCAAAGAUGAACAUCUUGCUUGUGUUCACACGCUGUUUCAGGCGAUGGAGGAUGUCGUCAACCCCGAGAUCCCUCUCCUAGUGUCUGUGCUUGACGCCACUAUCAUCGACAGAGAGGAUUCACUGGUUCCGACUAGGCUUAACUGGAUUCCAGCAAGCAGAUCCUUCAUCCAGGCCUUGGUGCAAGUCACACUCGACAGUGAUGUUAUCGCACGCUCGCCAUCCUGUGCUGUUUGCUUGGACGAUUUUGAACAACAAGUACCCAUCACUCAGUUGCCGUGCACGCACUACUUUCAUCUAGAUUGCGUUGUCCGGUGCCUGGAGAGGAACCACAUGUGUCCCCUCUGCCGAUACGAGAUGCCCAUGGAACAAGAUUAA